GUACACUAGUGAACGUUGGAUAGCAAUUAUUUAUUCACUUACCUGAAAAUUUUAAUAUUAUUAAGAUAAAACGGAACAACUUUUUUGCGGCAAGUUUUAUGAGCGUUGCUAUCGCUUGCAGACGAAUUGCACGAUUGUCUCAACCUUUGUUACGAAGAAACAUACACGUAACACCGAAAUUUAACCAAGCUAUGGCCGUCGACGGUAACUAUAUACUGGCUGAAAGCUUAAAAAAACAGGGUGUUGAAUAUGUUUUUGGCAUUGUUGGUAUUCCUGUCAUUGAAACAUCACUUGCAUUGCAAGCUGCAGGACUUAAGUAUGUAGGCAUGCGCAAUGAGCAAGCCGCAUGCUAUGCAGCUCAAGCCAUUGGAUAUUUAACAGGCAAACCAGGAGUAUGUCUAGUUGUAUCAGGACCGGGGCUUCUUCAUUGUAUAGGAGGCAUGGCUAAUGCACAAGUGAAUUGCUGGCCCCUUUUAGUAAUAGCUGGUUCCUGUCCGGAAGACCAUGAGGGUAUUGGCGGUUUCCAAGAGUGGUUGCAGGUGGAGUCGAGUCGUAUGUACAGCAAGUACGCAGUCCGGCCUCCGUCGCCGCGUCUCAUACCGCUGCACGUAGAGAAGGCGGUGCGAUACGCCUGCGUUGGCCGCCCCGGAGUAUCCUACUUGGACAUGCCUGCUACUCUCCUGUCGGCCGAAGCAGAAGAAGACAAAGUACCUUUAGACUACUAUAAUGCUGAGCUUGUUAAACUUGCUCAUCCGAACCCAGAGCUUGUGGAACAAGCCGCAGACUUGCUCUCUAAAGCACAACGUCCCCUGAUCAUAGUAGGCAAGGGUGCCGCUUAUGGACGUGCCGAGGAGUCUCUGUGCAAGCUAGUGGAAACUACCAAAGUACCAUUCUUACCGACUCCUAUGGGCAAAGGCGUAGUUCCCGACGAUUCUCAGUACUGCGUGUCAACGGCACGUACCCAAGCGUUACUCAAAGCAGAUGUUAUUUUAUUACUGGGAGCGCGUCUUAACUGGAUGCUCCACUUCGGACAACCCCCACGAUACGCGCCCAACGCUAAAAUCAUACAGGUGGAUAUUUCACCCGAAGAAUUCCAUAAUAGCGUGAAAUCCGAAGUGGCAGUCCAUUCCGAUAUCAAGCCAUUCGUAGAAGCUCUCACACGCAAGUUGAGUGAGAAGAAGUACUCACUCCAACCAUCGAGUAGCUGGUGGCAGUCACUCAGUGAGAAACAGAAGAAGAACACACAGUUUGUUGAAGAACAAGCAAGCAGUAAGUCAUUGCCACUGAACUACUAUGCAGUGUUCAAAGCGGUUCAGGCAAACAUUCCAAAAGACUCCAUCAUAGUGAGUGAAGGCGCCAAUACUAUGGACAUCGGCCGCGGGAUACUUUUAAAUAACAAACCAAGACAUCGGCUCGACGCAGGCACAUUUGGAACUAUGGGUGUGGGUCCUGGUUUCGCAGUGGCCGCAGCGAUGUGGUGCCGCGACUACGCUCCAGAAAAGAAAGUUAUUUGCGUUGAAGGCGAUUCCGCUUUCGGUUUCUCGGGAAUGGAAAUCGAGACAAUGUUCCGCUACAAAUUGCCAGUGAUCAUCGUCAUUGUCAACAACAAUGGCAUCUAUGGCGGUCUCGAGAGAGAAGUUAUGCUGGACUUGCAAUCCAGCGGAGAUCUUGCACAAUGCACACCACCAACAGCACUAUCGACGGAAGUGCGGUACGAGAAAAUGAUGGAAAUGUUCGGCGCGAGCGGCCAUCUUUGCCGCACCGUUCCGGAAAUCGAGGCGGCCCUCAAAGAAGCUGUCAAAGUCACCGACCGACCUAGUAUCAUCAACAUACUAAUCGACCCUCAGGCUAGCAGAAAGCCACAAGCAUUUAACUGGCUCACAGAGUCCAAACUGUGAUAAUAAAAAUACGUACUGCUUAUUUUUGUACACAAAGUGGAUCAACUAAUACUCAUAUCACUCACAAAAACAUUCCGGUCUAUACUUGCAUAAUAUAACCGUAUUAAUAACGUUACCAUUCCAAUAAAAACAACCUCAUUGCUUAAGAGUUACGGCACAACGUUUUAAUACUAAUUCAAAACGGUCGUAUUACAAAGCAUCAAAUACUCUGUGCUAAAAUCGGACUUUGCAAAUUAAUUUUCUCUUGCAGUUUUUUAUUCGUCGAUGUGUAUAUAAGUAUUAGUUGAUGUAUCACAAACCUUUACAAGACCCAAAGAAAUUAAAGGGCCUAUGCACACGUCUUUGCUACACGCAACAUUACCGCAGUUCCAAGAAUCUGCAUUGCAUGCGUAUUCUAACACGACGCACUUCGAUUAAACUAAAGUUCUAUAGUAUUCAUGAAACAGUUUCGCGUUUGUACUGGGAAAAAGGAAGUCCGCUUCAUGCCGCGCGGUAUAUGUAUUUAUUAAAAUUGAAGAAUUCUUUAAUGAUUUACAAGGCGUGUGAAGAGGCCUUUAGGAUUAAAAUUUAACUCUUUUUGAUUCAUAUUCAUUUUCGUUAUUAAAUUUUGGGUAAAUUUGGGCCAGCGGGGAUCAAAAUAAAACCUGCUUGCAAAAUUUUCUAAGAAUUUUAAAUAUAUUUUUAUUUGCUACUAUCUUUCAUACAAUAUAUAUUACUAUAUUAUACAUACUUGUAUAUUUUUAGUAGUAGAGCUUUUUGUUCAAGAGCUCUUUCGAAGACGUACUACUACGAAGCAGCAUUGCUGUUACGGUUGAGAAGUGCUUGAAAAUGUCACACAUUUAGUUUCUUUCUUUCUUUGCUAAGAUUGUAUGUAGAAUAUCCUUACAAAAUAUCUCCCACAGAUUGAAUUAUUAUUAUAUCUUCAAAUGAAACCACUCAUAUUAUUUGGCGGCCGAUUGGCGCAGUUUGCAGCGACCCUGCUUUCUGAGCCCACGGCCGUGGGUUCGAUUCCCACUACUGAAUAAUGUU